GGUUGGGUACUCGGUGUCCUGGCAGACCCGCGGCUCCACGUGCUGCUGCUGGUAGUGUAUUCGGUGGGGGAGUGAAGAUGGCGGCGCAGCUGAGCGAGGCGUGGGUGACUCUGGAGCGCUCGGUGCGCGAGCGGGCGCCGCCGCUGCUCACAGACCUGUACCAGUUCACCAUGGCGUACGCGUACUGGCGCGCGGGCAGACACCAGGAGCCCGCAGUCUUCGAGCUGUUCUUCCGGGACAACCCGUUCAGCGGCGGAUUCUCCGUGUUUGCGGGACUGACCGACUGUCUGCUGUUCCUCAGGAACUUUCACUUCACCGAUGAAGAUGUAGAGUACCUGCGCUCAGUUCUACCAUCAAACACAGACCCAGAUUUCUUCACUUUCCUGAAAGGGUUAGACUGCUCUGCUGUUUCCAUCAGUGCUGUAGCUGAGGGCACGGUUGUCUUUGCCAGGGUUCCACUUUUGGAGGUGUCUGGUCCCCUUGCUGUUGUUCAGUUGCUAGAAACCAGUCUGCUCUGUCUGGUCAACUAUGCCAGUCUGGUGUGCACCAAUGCUGCACGCUUUCGCAUUGCCGCAGGCCCAAGACGCCGGCUUCUGGAAAUGGGCCUAAGGAGAGCUCAAGGACCGGAUGGAGGACUGACUGCUUCUCGCUAUACAUAUAUAGGAGGUUUUGAUUUGACGAGUAAUGCUCUGGCUGGGCGUCUCUUUGGGAUUCCAGUGGCAGGCACCAUGGCACACUCGUACGUCACAUCCUUCUCCUCUCUGGAGGAGGUAUGGCCACAGACUCUGGUGCCCUCUGAGGGUGAUGACCCCAUUGACUUCCUCUCUUUAGUGAAGGGCUGGUUAGGACGUGUGUGCCAGUUACUGGGAGCUAGACCUCAGCAGGUGCGGGAAGGAGAGCUUGCGGCCUUACUGUCGUACGCUAUUGCCUAUCCCAACAACUUCCUGCCGGUGAUCGACAGCUACAAUGUCAGCUGUAGCGGGGUACUGUGUUUUUGUGCUGUUGGCCUUGCUCUGUGCGAGCUGCAGUAUCAGCCACUAGGAGUGAGGCUGGAUAGUGGCGACCUCUGCAAGCAGUCUGUAGAAGUGCGUUGUGUUUUCAGAGAGUGCAGCAAACAUUUUUCCGUCCCUAAGUUUGAGUCUCUCCUCAUCGUUGGUACUAACAGCGUCUCUGAACAGAGUCUUGUUGAGCUCAACAAAAGAGACAAUGAGAUUGAUGUAGUGGGAGUUGGAACUCACCUUGUGACCUGCACAAGUCAGCCCUCCCUUGGCUGUGUAUAUAAGUUGGUAGAGGUCAGAGGCUGCCCCAGGAUGAAGCUGAGUGAGGACCCAGAAAAGAGCACACUUCCAGGCAGAAAGGCAAUCUACAGACUGCUGGAUACUGAGGGUCAUCCUCAAAUGGAUCUCAUCUGCUUGUCAGAGGAGCCAGCUCCAAAAGUGGGAGUACCGUUGAAUUAUUACCCAUUAGGUCUAAACAAGGCUGUCCAGUCAGUCACACCUUCCCAAGUGACCAGCCUUCGAUUAGAUGUGUUUUCCCAUGGUGAGAUCACUUUACCCCUGAGCACUGCACCCGAGAGUCGAGUACAUGCCCAGACCUCCCUCCAAGCCAUGUAUCCUCACCACAAGAAACUGCAGGAGCCAGAAAAUUACACAGUGGCUAUAUCAGAGAGAAUUCAUUUGCUUGUGUCUAACAUUCGAAAGGGAAACAGCAAAGGCAGUCAUUUUCUGCUCUCCAACUGAAGCAACCGAGCCACUUGGGUUCCUUUGACCUUGGAUUUAGAGAAUAAUUUCUACAUGUUUCUUAAAAAGCUGUUGAAAGCGCACAGAUUCUAUCACACAUACAUUCUCAGUGUUGAUGUUAUUUUCAAAAAUUUUAGAGUGUAUUUCUGUAGUCUUUAUAGUACUGACAAUUACAUAGCAA